UGGCCUGGCUACUGUUCCUGCUGCCGCUGGUGGCGCGGCGGACUGAGGAGGUCUGUAUCGGGCAAGGAGGCGGCGGCGGCGGCUCCUCAGGGAUCGAUCCCGAGGGUGAAGCUGAUGCCUUGCGGUGCCGAGCGCUGCUGCUCGCGGCUGAGUCUUCCCCACCCGGCUGGGGAUGCUGAGUAAAGGGACGCUGCAGCGCGUGCUGUCUGCCAUCAAUAGGCGACGGAGGAUGAAGCUGCUGAUGGGGCUCGCCCUGGUCGCCUAUGUCGUCUCUGUAUGGGGGAAUGUGCUCAACAUGAGCAGGUUUAUCCAGGAUAAUGGGGAUCAAAAAGUAGAAAAUAAAAUUGAAGAGGUCAUUGCACCUCUAAGGGAAAAGAUCCGAGAAUUAGAGAAAAGUUUUACUCAGAAGUACCCACCAGUGAAGUUCUUAUCUGAAAAGGAUCGUAAAAGAAUUUUGAUAACUGGAGGAGCAGGGUUUGUGGGUUCUCAUCUUACUGACAAACUAAUGAUGGAUGGCCAUGAAGUUACAGUUGUGGACAACUUCUUUACGGGCAGGAAAAGAAAUGUGGAACACUGGAUUGGCCAUGAGAACUUUGAACUGAUUAAUCAUGAUGUCGUAGAGCCCCUGUACAUUGAAGUGGACCAGAUUUAUCACUUAGCUUCUCCAGCUUCUCCUCCAAAUUAUAUGUAUAAUCCCAUAAAGACAUUAAAGACAAACACAAUUGGAACAUUAAAUAUGUUAGGUUUAGCAAAACGUGUUGGAGCCCGUCUUCUCCUUGCAUCCACUUCUGAAGUUUAUGGAGAUCCUGAAGUUCACCCACAAAAUGAAGAUUACUGGGGUCAUGUGAAUCCUAUAGGACCUAGAGCAUGUUAUGAUGAAGGAAAGAGAGUUGCUGAAACCAUGUGCUAUGCCUAUAUGAAGCAGGAAGGUGUUGAAGUAAGAGUUGCCCGAAUCUUCAAUACAUUUGGUCCCCGGAUGCACAUGAAUGAUGGCAGAGUUGUUAGUAACUUUAUCCUGCAAGCUCUUCAAGGAGAACCCUUAACUGUAUAUGGGCCUGGCACUCAAACCAGAGCAUUCCAGUAUGUCAGUGACCUUGUGAAUGGGCUUGUGGCCUUAAUGAAUAGCAACGUUAGCAGUCCUGUUAACUUGGGGAAUCCAGAGGAACAUUCUAUUCUAGAAUUUGCCCAGUUAAUUAAAAAGCUUGUAGGCAGUGGAAGCGAAAUCCAGUUUCUCUCAGAAGCUCAAGAUGAUCCUCAAAAAAGGAAGCCAGAUAUCAAGAAAGCCAAAUUAUUGCUUGGUUGGGAACCUGUGGUUCCGUUGGAAGAAGGUUUAAAUAAAGCCAUUCAUUAUUUUCGGAAAGAACUAGAAUAUCAAGCAAAUAAUCAAUAUAUUCCUAAACCAAAACCUGCUAGAAUAAAAAAAGGAAGAAGCAGACAUAAUUAAAAAUUCAAUUGGACAAGAAAUGACAUUUCUUACCUUGAAUUUGAGAAGAUGUUGUAUGUCUUUUGGUAAAGACUUCAGAACAGGUAUCAUGAAGAAGAAAAAACUGGAAUUUCACUCUGAAGCUUGCUUUAAAGAAGUGGAUGUGCCUCAACAAGAAAACUGCAGUUCUUGCCUUGCACUUUUUAAAUCUGUCUUUUAAUGUAAAAUAGAUGCAUCCUUUUUUAAUAUCUUCAGGUUUUAUAUCUUGCUGUGAGAUCAUUUGUUAUAACUGUCCUUGACAGUUUUAUUUACUGGUUUCUUUGUGAAGCUGCGCAUAAGAUAAGGGCAGAAUUGCCAAUUUAUUUAUAAAAUGGGUACUUUAAAUGAGAGAGACUAUGCAUAAAGGAAAAAAAGUAGUAUUGUCAGAUGACGAACACCGACAUUUAGAAAAUACCUGUAAAAGAGUUUUAUGUAUUCUUAAAAUCUGUUUUCCUCCCCCACCCAACAUUUAGUUCUAGUUGCACACUUGAAUUUGAACUAUUUCCACUGAUAAAUGCUAUUUUAAAUCACUACUGUAUUGUGCAUACUCUGGGCAAAAGUUAAUGUAUUAUUGGCUACCAGUGGUUGAAUAUGCUAUUUUAAUAAAACACUGAACCUUACAGAUUUAAGUAAAAAAACCAAGUCUGUGGUAGUGGACAUAUUAUAUUAUACAGGUAUAGCAGACUGAUGUAACAUCUGCCUUAGUAGAAUCAGUAACUGAUUCUUUUAAACAAUAUUAUGUGGGUUUUUAGAUAGCAUACCUUUUGAUGAAUACAAUUCAAUUACAAAUAACCCUUUGGAGUUAAAUUAAAAAUCAAGUCGGUACAUACAGAUGGUCCUCAGCCUAUGAUCACAAUUGGCAUCACAAUUAGCAAGAUAGUUGUUAAGUGAGCCAUGCCCUAUUUUACGACCUUUUCUGCCACUGUUGUUAAGCAGAUCACUUGCAGUUGUUAAGCAAACCAUUAAUCAGUGAUUCCAGCUUUUCCCAUUGACUUUGUUUGUCAGAAACCGGCUGGGUAGGUCACAAGGGAUGAUCAUGUGAUCCCAGGAUGCUACAGUCAUUGUAAACCUGUGCCAGUCGCCAAAUGCCCAGAUUUUAAUCCUGUGACUAUGGGGAUGCUGUGACUGUGGGGACUGUUUCUAAAUCACAUUUUUGAUUGUGUUGUAAUUUCAAGCAGUUCCUAAAGGAGUGUUUGUAUGUUGAAGAUUACCUGUAUGGAUAAAAUUCAGUGGACGACUUCUGCUCCCGUCUGUGGAAUGCAAAAUCUUCUGUCUGCUCUCAAAACCUGGUCUGGGUUAUGGGGGAUCUUAAAGAGCACAAAUCAUGCUGGGAAGGACGAGGAAACAUGAAUAACUUCUCUUUUCUGUUCUAUAAUUAAAUUAUAUUGCUAUUUUCAGUACUAAUCCACUUAUAGCAAAAACAACGAAGAAUCAGACCACUUCCACACAAAAUUUAACUAUUGUUAAUAUUGACAUACCUGAAUUACACAUUCCUACAGAAACAACAGCAUCCUGUUUUCUUUAAUGAUUUGGAAUGUCUUAAUCCUAUUACAAGUUUUUCAUGUGUUAAUACUGCAAAAAAAUUGAAAUGCAUGGGAGUGUAGAUGGCCAGCCAACUUCUGCUGUCUUGAAGGAAUACCAUAGUGACAGUUUACACUGUUCACAGCAUCACAACAGUGUGGAGAGAGAAUUGUUUGUGAUAUCUCCAAGUCUUUACAACAAUGCUUACUAUAAAGCAAAGGAGGAAACUCUUUUGGUGACGAGAAAACAAUUCAGUGUUUUUAGAGGAGCAAAAGUGAUAAUUCACAGAGAAGGUCAUCCAUUAGAUCAUUAGGUCUUGGGGUAGUGGCAACAUGAUCCGAGGUUGAGAAUAAGGAACGUUAUCAUCAAUUUUUUGUCAUGGACAACCAUUCCUUCUUGACCCUGGAGUUCUCUGAGCUGCCCCCACUGCAGGGAAGAGGCAUCUAUUGAAUUGGGUGGCCUUGGGAAAUUGAUGGGUUUCAAAGGGAACUUGAGGUUAUUCCUGAAGGUAUAACUAUGGAGAUUCUCCGUCAUCCAGAUCAUGGUUGUCUCAAAGGUGCUCCCCCCACCCCCCAAAAAGGCCACCGGACUAUAUUUUUUCCUUGAGGACAAAGAUUAUGUUAGUGCAUGGUUCAGCCAGGGCUUUAGUUUCAAACUGAAAUGGACAUUUAAGAAGAUUGAAUCACUGCGUGAUUGUGCGGCCUCUGUGAUUGUGGCUCCUCUGAAUCCUUAUAGUUUGUCAAGGGUCUUCGGGAGAUGUAAUGGCACAAGAGCACUGCUGGAGGAAUACAAGCCAAUAGGCACAGUAAGGAGUCUUUAUUAAGACAAAAUGAGCUCAUUUCUUUGCCCUUAUUGUAUCUAUAUACAGACAACCAGCAGCUUUAUUCUGGGUGACUGGUCCCCCUUCUUGGUAAGGAAUAGUCAGGAGAGCCCCUGUAGAGCCUCUGUCAAACAAAGGUACUUGGCUUUACUGAGGUAAACAUGGUUGGGCAGGUCCUUUGGAAAUGACUCACUUUGUUAGUUGGGAGAGUUUGAGCCAGUUGAUGUUGCGAAAGUAGACAGGGUCCUUGUUUUUAUGACCUUGUCAUGUAUCUGAGCACUUCUCCUUCCCUAGUUGAUUAAGGCUUCUCAGGAGAUGGCAGUGUUUGGGAGAAGAUUGUUGAGAAAAUGGUGGGUGUUUAGCAUUAGAGAGUGUUGGAUGAAGUGUAUUAUCUUUUUCAGUCAGUUUUUUAUAGUACUGACAUGGGAUUGGUCACAUUUGUUGGGAAAAGCUUAAGAUGGGGAUGUUGCAUCCACCCUGGCCCUUCUGGAUCACUUGGCAACCUUUCGUAUCAUCAACCUUCUGGAUUAGAUUUGAAGGUUGAAAGUGGGAGUCACUGUUUUACAGCGUUUUUCCUUCCUGUCAUUAGUAAAAGGAUUGCGGAAGAAAAGUCUACACUUAUCUCAAGACUCGGUUUCUCAUCGCUUCUAUUUAACAUUGAAUAAAGCCCAUGGGUGACGUCAGUUAGCAGUAGAAUUUCAUCAAUAUGCAAAGGAUAAUUAUAUACCUCCAGCCAUGACAGGACAGGUUCAGAUGCUGACCCAAUGCCUGGAGGUUCUGGAUGGGGAAGGAGUGACUUCAAGUCAACCCUAGCAAGACAGUGGCUUUCCAUUUUUGACCCCCUGGGAUCUGGAAACUCAUUAUCCUUUUAGCCUUAAACCUUCAGACCAUGAACCCUGACUCUUCCCCAAUGAUUGGGCUAAGAUGGGAGUGGAUCGAGAAAAAUGCAGAAUUGGUAUGGUGAUAUCAUGGCCCUGUGGUGGGUAAUAGGAAGUUAUUGUAUGACACUUGUUCAUUUUUAUGUUUUUAUUCGCUGUAAGAUGUACAUUAAUAUAAAAUGGCCGUACUGGUCUCAGUAAAGAAAGUUAGUCUUCAUAAUGAAAGUCUUUCACAAGAAUGCAUAAUUAAAAUUUUGUAUUUAAAAAGCUUUAAUUUUAAAGCAGAUAUGUUAAGGAAUAUAUGCAAGACCAAUUUUUCUUGGUUUCUUCCCCCAAUUCCUCAGCUAAAAUUAAGAACCAGAUUAAAAUCAAUUUUUAAAAAAAUUCUAGUGUCCUUACACAGAGAAGAAAGAAUAUAGAAAUGCAGAGAAGAAACGGUUAUUAAUAAUAAUAGUUAAGACAGAGAAUAAUCUUAAUAAUAAUCAUCAUAAUUGACAUUUGCUCCAUGUCUGAAGGUGCCUGGAUUUCGUGGGCCAAUAGGAGCAUCUUCAUCAUAAUGGUGAUGAUAAUAGCCACCAUCGUAUUCAUGGCCACCACGGCCUACGUUUGACCAGUAGGAGACAUAAUCUUCAAAUUUCUGCAGAAAAAGGGGAAAAGUGACUAUAGAUUUGCUGAAGCCAUGUGCUCAUAAAAAAUGCUAUGCUUUAGAAGCAUUGAAAUAUAUUUUUCUUUCAAUAUUAAUCAGAUAUUUUCAUCCAAAAUGGUACAGUAAAUGUACUGUAUACCAUCUUAUGUAAUAUAUCCUGGAACAUAUUCUUCUAAUUUAAAAAGUGAAUUGAUGAUUUUGGCAACAACCAUAUAGCUAAGAGAAUCCAUUAAUUCCAAGGUCCAAUUUACUUCUCAGUGCAGGAAGAAGUGAAAUAUCCAAAUCAAAUAACUGACCACAAUCUAGAAUAUAUUAGGACAGUAAAGCUUUGAGAGUUAUUGUUUAAAUAUUGUAUGAAUUUCAAAUCCGUACCUAAAAGACUUGCAUUUAUUGUGAAAUAUAGUAAAAUAUUUACAUUUCAGUGCCUUCUUGCUCCUAGAAAUAGGAAUUACCAUUGCAUGGAUUUAGUGUUUAAACUAUUGACUUAAAAUAAUAUAUUUGGACUUCCUAGCUUCUUUAACUUCAGAAUGGGUUCAAAUCAAAGAAAAGCAAACGAAGAGGUUAUGUAUAAUAGCAAGCUUUCUGCUCAGAGAUUCAAGCAAUUGGUAUUUGAGAGGGCUAAAGCAUUCAUCAGGGGAAAGUGGCUAACAUUAAUCUCCAGAAACAGCUGAGCCGUUUCCUAUCUUUAAGUUGGUGUAAGAUGAGAGAAUUCAGAAACCUGCCCUUUGCUACUUUUACAGACCACCUAUAAAAUUUACAGUUUUCUGUCCAACAUGAUUUUACCGCCUACUCUUUGAGUUCCUGGAAGAGACCCUUUGCAAUAUCCUCACAUUGGAGUCAUCAUGACCUUAUAAAACAGAGGUGGGAACUCUGGGCCCUUUAUAACUUGGACUUGGACUCCAACUGCCAGCCAUGGGAAUUCUGGGAGUUGAAGUCACAAAUCAUAAAGGAGCCAUACCUCUGCUAUAAAGUAAAAGGAACAGAGUCAGUGGAACACCCAACUCCAUUAAUAUAACAUCUCUUUCUAUGAAGAAUAAAAUAGAACUGUAUAUAGUUUAUUUUAUAUCAAGAAUAGAUAGAAAUUCUCAAGGUUGCCAAAUUCUGCUUAAUAUUUAACAUGAAUUGCUUAAACUGCUUUAAAAAUAUUAGUAGUCCAUUUCUUCGUGUGUGCUUUUAUAAUUCAUUCUUGGUGGAGAAUACAAGUAGUCCUUGAGUCAUGUCCAUAAUGGAGCCUGUCCAUCACAGUCAUAACUCAUUAAGGCAGGUUGGUGACAUGACCAACCCAAUUUUA